CCACUUGAGGUGCUAAUGAGCAAAAAGGUAAUGUUUCAUAUUUCACUUUUGGAGAACAAAGCAAAAAAACAAUAAAUAAAAUCUGUUUUCAAAAUACUUUUUCUACGGACAUAAUGACGCCCCUAAUCGUCGUAAACGUUUUGUUUUUAAUUAUUAUUCAUAUUCCAGUGAACAGACAGGACGUGGGUGAGAGCUGAAGCCGUUUUCCGGUUUUCCUCCAGUCACAGGUCAUUCCUUCCUCCGCGCUGUCAGCAGUUGAAUACGCCUUUCAAAUUUGGUACUCUUUUUAAGUAGUACUGUCAUUUCUGUCAUUUUUUCCCCACACAUACUUUUUUAUUUGAAACAUUUUUAACGUUUUUAUUCACACGUUUAAUGUGUGAGUCGGGACGUAUUUCCAGCGGGAAGUUCGCUCGUCGUGUUUUCUUCGUCUUUAGCUGAAAAAAAAACAGCGGGGAAGAAAUGUCCAGCUGAGGACUCUUGGAAACUACCCGGUCUGUUUUUGGAAUGACUGAUCCAUGCUGUCACUAUGGCGUUUAAGGCACAAGUUUUAUACGACUUCACAGCGGAGCCUGGAAACAAUGAGCUGACAGUGAAGGAGGGCGAGACAAUCACCGUCACAAAUCAGAAUAUUGGAGGCGGCUGGAUCGAAGCUCAGAACUCCCGAGGGGAAGUUGGAUUGGUGCCUGAGGAUUACAUUGAGUUCGGUCAAACCGCUGCACCUCCUGCAAACGUAGGGAAUCCUGCAGCCCCGGACCUGUCUUUCUUCGAUGCAUUCGCACCUGCAUCAACAUCUGCACCAACCCAGGUAGAAGCUGGGGGCUCCACUGACACCCCCGCCCCCCCCAUUCUUUCACCCCCUGAGGAGGCCAGCAACGGUAAUGAUCCGUGGUCGGUGUGGAACGCAGACCCCUCUAGGGGCUCCAACAACAACUGGCCAGCCAAUCCUGAGGGCACCCAGACGGGAAGGAACGCCGCUGACCCCUGGGGCUCCGCGUCACACAGCCACCCUCAGGCUUACCAAGGCCCAGGGGCAGAAGAUGAUGAGUGGGACGACGAAUGGGACGACAUGAAGUCCACCAGCAGUUAUUCAGAACCUGGAGAGGGCGGAGCCAUUCAGAGGGGAGGAACGCAUGCAUCUUCAAUGAAAAUAUCCCUCAACAACAGGUUUCCGGGGUUCACCAAAUCUGGUCCAGAACUCUACCUCCUUUGCAAGCAAUCUGCUAAAGGCAAAGAGAAAAUAUCCAUUUAUUUAGGAGAAGUCGGUCCCGUCUGGUCUUACCCAGAAGCCCAGCUGGACUGCAUUGUAGCGGAUCCCAAGAAAGGUUCAAAGAUGUACGGUCUCAAGAGCUACAUCGAGUACCAAAUAACACCCAAUACCACAAACCGGCCGGUCAAUCACAGAUACAAGCACUUCGAUUGGCUCUAUGAGAGGCUCCUGGAUAAAUUCGGCUCUGCCAUCCCCAUCCCUUCUUUACCAGACAAGCAAGUAACAGGCCGUUUUGAGGAAGAGUUCAUUAAGAUGCGAAUGGAGCGGUUGCAGGGCUGGAUGACCAGGAUGUGCAGACACCCCGUUAUAUCCAACAGUGAAGUGUUUCAGCUCUUCCUGUCCUACAAAGAUGAGAAGGACUGGAAGAUGGGGAAGAGAAAAGCAGAAAAGGAUGAGACGGUUGGAGUGAUGGUCUUCACCACAAUAGAGGCCGAAGCUCCAGACCUGGAUCUUGUAGAGGUGGAGCAGAAGUGCGAGCAGUUCAGCAGGUUCACCAAAGCCAUGGAUGAUGGCGUGAAGGAGAUCCUCACAGUGGGAAACGAGCACUGGAAGCGAUGUACAGGACCUCUGCCAAAAGAGUACCAGAGAAUCGGAAAAGCCUUCCAGAACCUCUCCUCCGUCUUCACCAGCAGCGGGUACCAAGGUGAGGCAACUCUGACUGAUGCCAUGACGGCAGCAGGAAAGACGUAUGAGGAAAUCGCUCAGAUCGUGGCAGAGCAGCCCAAAAAGGAUCUGCACUUCCUGAUGGAGACCAACAAUGAGUAUAAGGGUCUUCUCGGAUGCUUUCCAGAUACUAUCGGAGUCCAUAAGGCAGCCAUCGACAAAGUGAAAGAGGCUGAUAAGCUGGUGAACACCAAUAAAAUCACCGCUCAGGACAAAGUAACCAUGGCUAAACGGGCCAGCACCAUGUCUUACGCUCUACAAGCGGAGAUGAACCACUUCCACAGCAACCGCAUCUACGACUACAACAGGGUGAUGCAGCAGUAUCUGGAGGAGCAAGUCAAGUUCUACGAGACGAUUGCUGCAAAGCUGAGGCAUGCACACAGCCAGUUCACCACCAUGUGAGGCGCACUACAACACAGGAAGUUCAAGCAAGUCCGUCAUCUGCAAGAUUUCUGCAUGGAUUGCAUUCUUUACUCCUCCCCCUCUUUAAUUUAAACUCCCAGCUCCUCGGGCCGGGUUGCAGGAAAUGACACGUGAAUUUCUCUGUCCAACUUGUAAAAGUGGACGUUUACACCCUAUGAAGUGAACAGUAAAACAUGACUUUCUUUUAUCUGGUGACGUUUUGCUGUUUUAUUUACGAGAGGAGGGACGUUAGUUAGUAACUUCACUCAAAAAACCAAAGCCGUCCCUUUGCAGUGGAGCUUCGAUGCCCAUAGGAAGCCUUAACUGUAUAAAAAGCUUUACUGUACGUUUCUUUGAGCUGCUUCCGUCCCGACAGGAGCAGAGGCGCCUUUCUCUGACUGAACAAAGUCCGUGCGUUUGCUCCGCAUGUCCACUGCUGGCAGUGCCUCUCCCCCUUCAGCCUCGCACUUCCUCAAAGGCCGACAGGAAGCUCCACCUUUUUCCUGCCCCAACCACAUGUCCUGCUCUUCAGAAAAAACCCACGUUUCAAAUUCAGCAUUUAGGUGACGGAUAAGAAAAUACUGUAAUGGUGUUGGUGAAUCCGAUUUUCAGAAUAAAAUCCCCCAAAAUGCAUUUGUUUUAUUUUUUUGAGCAGAUUAUUCUGAAAACUCGUAUAUUUUGUCACCAAGUUUCCAAUCAAUCUAAUCCUGUUCACUUGUUCUGCGCUUUUCACAGACGUGCUUCUUAUCAACAAGAUAUUUUAUGUAUAGAAGUAUUUGCUAUGGGAGGGUGUCACUGACAGAAAAGAUAAUUUUGUUUGAUUUAUUAAACAAUGAUUUGUAUUCACAG